CUGACCCAGCAGCCGCCGGCCUCUUCUCCGGAUCUUAUGUUUUAGACCUCUAUCCUCAUCUCCCGAAGCGCAGCCAAUCGUUUGGGCACCCAAGAGUUAAAUUGCGAGAGGCUUGGGCUCCUAGAGAGGCGAGGGAUUUGGGGUUGGGGAGACGGUGGUCUUGGCAGCCCGAGGGUCCUCCCGUGACCCACACCGACGCAGAAAGGCUCCUCCCCUUCCCCAGUCACACUCGGGGUUUGAAUCUUUUAACCCAGGGAGGUGUGUGUGUGGGCUAUCCACGUGGGAAUCUGUAAAUCCCUAGAGACUUGUUUGCAGGGAUGCGGGAGUAGGUUUGCUGUGAGGACAAGGGUGUCUGCGAAUAGGAGAUGGUGAGCUGGGAAAUCCGGAAGUCUUGCGUUCGAAUCUCGUCUCUACUGUGAGCUUUCUAGGUGGGCUUUUUGGACAGCGAAUGAUCCUCUCCUCAGCCAUCUCUUCUGCCAGUCUUUAAUAUGGGAGGCAGGAAUGUUGACUUCCUGUUCAGCAGGGCUGAGGCCCCUCUCGCCACCCAGGGUGAAGAAGCCCUUGCUAAUGGAGGACAGACGAGUAGGCUGUUACUCGCUGCUGUAUAAACUGCUGGUUUCUCUACGUGCCCAUUCCUUUUGAGGUGAAAUUCCUAGCUGAAAUGAGCUAAGUCAGCUGAACAGUGGGAGACUAGGUAUUCGUUGCUUGCUUCUUGUCUUCAGAAAGCUGCUGAGGUUUUAGUUUUUUAAAAAAUCCCUUUAAGAACUGACUUAACAUUUUUGUCUGUGGUGAGGGGAGAUGUCUACAGAAUGGUCAUCAGUGGAGGCAGACUUGGGCCUCCUGGUUGAGCCUGCGGAGAUGGAAAGGAUGAAAAAUGGGGGAAGGACCCUGUGUGUUACCCAGGUUGGGACGAUCAGCGAGUUUGCAAGUUGGGCCAUGCCAAGGCCGGAAGCUGAGGAGGGAUUGGCCCACAGCUGGGAAGUCCAGUGGCAGGAGUUCCUGAAGGCAGUGCACACUCCUUACGGGGAAAACCCAGAGUUGCCAAAGACCAUGCGCUGGGAAGUUUCCAAAUCCUCUCUGGUUCCUUCCGAAAUGAUAGCUGACGUCAGCAGCGGGCCUCAAGCGGAGGUGACAACUGGACUUUGGCUGGGCCUCAAAAAAAGAGAGCCCAAAGCCCCUCAGGAGCCAGACUCUGGAGAAAGGGAAGAUGGUGUCGAAGCAGGCCAAGAGAUCCCAAGUGAGGACGUUGCCACGACGGAGGCACGGCGCCAGCGCUUCCGGCUGUUCCGCUACCAGGAGGCCGAGGGGCCCCGAGAGGCUUGCGACCGACUCCACGCCCUCUGCUGUCAGUGGCUGAAGCCGGAGAGCCGCACCAAGGAGCAGAUGCUGGAGUUGUUGAUCCUGGAGCAGUUCCUAGCCAUUCUGCCCCAGGAGAUGCAGAGCUGGGUCAGGGACGGGGGUCCAGAGACCUGCUACCAGGCGGUGGUCCUGGCCGAGGACUUCCUGAUGAGUCAGCGAGAGGCUGAGGGAUGGGAAGAACAGGCUCUAGAAACGCCUGCAGAAGUAGUGCUGAGCUUCUCUGGAGAAGACCAGGCUUCUUUGGAGCUCUACAGGGAGGUCAAGCAGGAGACUGGCAGGGAUGCUGGCUUGCUGGGAGGUGAUAAGCUGGCGGACGAGUACAAUGCAGAAAGCAAGGAGCUGGAAGUCAACUUUGGGAUUCCGGGCAUAACAGAGCAGGAAGGGGAAUGCCAAACCGAAAACUGGAAGGAUAAAUCAGUUGCUGGUUCUGGCGAACACCUCCCCAUGCUCAUGACGCCACAUCCGGGGAUGCGCGAGAGUACCCGUUCUGGCUCCAGGAAAGGCGCGGCCCAAAAGCUGGACCUUAAAAAGAGGCACCGCAGAAUGCCCACGGAACCAAAGCUAUACAUAUGUACGGAGUGCGGUCACAGCUUCACGCGGAAAGCCAACCUCUUCCGGCACCAGAUACUCCACACGGGACAAAGGUCGUAUCUGUGCACAGUCUGCGGGCGAAGCUUCACGCGGAGAGAGAACCUUGUAAGGCACCAGAGAGUUCACACAGCAAGUCAUGUAUGGAUGAUUCAAAAUGAAGGGGAGCAGCUUCAGGUGCCUUUGGAAGGAACUGAAGCUGGUGGGGAAGAGACGCAAGAUGGAAAAAAGAGAGGCGAAAGAAGCCAAACAGUGAAUUGGAAGGAUAACCCAAUGGCAGAUGAAGUUUGCUUCGAAAUCAUGAUCCCACAAAUAGCUCACCAAGGAACAAGAAGGAAUACUUGCUCUGUUUGCGGGAAGAGCUUCACUCGCAAAGCAACGCUUAAUAAACACCUGAGAAUCCACGCGGGAGAGAAGCUGUAUAAAUGUUCAGAUUGUGGGAAAAGGUUCAGCCCGGGGUUGUCGGAAAGUAGAAGACCUGAGACAAAGGUGACGGACACAGGGAAGAAACGAUAUCAGUGUAUGAAAUGUGAGGGGAAAAGCCCGCAAAAGUCAAACCUUAAUGGCCACAAGAGAAUCCACAAGGGAAAGAAACCAUUCAAGUGUCUGGAGUGUAACCACAACUUUGGCUGCCACUCACACCUUCUUAGACAUCAGAGAAUCCACACGGGAGAGAAACCAUAUACAUGCUCCAUUUGUGGGAGGAACUUCCGCCAGACCGCGCAUCUUGUUAAACACGAGAGGACACAUAAAAGUUGGAAACCAUAUUUCUGAUGAUGAUGUGGGGGGGGGGGAACUUUUCCCAGACUUCAUAUAUCUAGAUGUCAAUAGAUGCAAGGAGGUUCUGUACACACAUACAAAUGCAAUAUAUACUUGGAAUAAUCAGGAAAAUGUUUGCCACGGAUGCAUCAUCUUAUGUGUACAUAAAAUGGGAGGUCCCAAAGCUCAGUGACAGACCACCUGCUUUGCAUGCGGAAGAUCCAAGGUUGAUUCCUGCGCACCUCCAGCUAAUUAGGUUUUCAGAUCUAUGUAAAAAGGAUCUAGAAGCUUUAGUAGAUAACAGACUAAACAUUCAUCAGCCAUGCUAUGUGUGAUGGCUAAAAACGCUAAUGCAAUUCUACAUUCGACUCGGCCGAAGGAAUAUAGUGGUCCAGUUCAUGAGCAGUAAUGAGGCCACUCUAUUCUGCCUUGGUUAAACCUUAUCUGGAGUAGUGUGUCAAAUUCUGGUCAUUGCAGUUUAAGAAGGGUAUCAUGAACUUGUGGCAGAUCAUCUGUUUUGGAUGUAGAAGGUCCCAGGUUCACUCCCUCGCAUCUCCAGUUAGGGCUGGAAAUGUCCUCAGUGAAACUCUGGAGAGCUGCUGCCAGUUAGUGUAGAUAGUACGGACCUAGAUGGACCAAUGGCCUUACUUAGUGUAAGGCAGCUUUCUAUGUUUAAAGUGUCCAGAGGACAGUGAUGGAAGAUAGCAAGGCAGCUUGGAGACAAAUCUCUAUCAGGAAAGGCUGAAGGAGCUGGAUACUUCAGAGACAAUCUGAAAGCCACCUUCAAAUAUUUCAAGGACCAUCUUGUCGAUGAGAGAGGAAAAUGGUUGCUCCAGAGGGCUGGACCUGAAUGAAUAGGUUCAAAUUUCAAGAGAGAAGUGGGGAAUUUCCUUCGCCUCCGUGGGCCGGAUCCUUCUCAGAUUUAGCCCCAAACCCAAGACUUUAAAGCACAUCGCAGGGCUUGCAAAGAGCCCUGUGUGGUGCUUUAAAGCACCCACAGCUUCGAUUUUUACCUGCUUUCUGCAGGCAUUGGCUGUUUGAGUAAACUUGCUAAUGCAGGCAAUUCAGCAGGCUUUGGCUCUCUAAGGCUCCCGAUUGUGCUUUGUCAGCCACAUCUAUAUGAUAUCAGGUGUGGGGCAGGUGGGCAUGGUGAGACGCCCUUCCCCGGCACCACCUGUGAAGCUCUCACUUGUGGCUACCAGCAGACAGGAACGUCAGGUUUUCUUCUUACCCUUUACAGCUCUAGCACAGUUCUCAGAAGAUCCCCCUGCUAGGCCUUACUACCCAACACUCUGUAUCUCUUAUAACCUGUAGACUGUGCCUUAGUUUCUGCCAGGCUAUCUCGAUACCUUGUGUCUAUGGGUAUAGGUAAUUCCCAACCCCCCCUGCAGCCUCUUGCACUGAAGCUUACAGCCCUGGGUUUCUCUGUGGUACUGGAUACAAUAUCUUUUCCUCCGCCGCUGCCACCAUUCGAUACAAUUACUGUUCAGCCUUGGUUACUCUGCCAUCCCCCCUGGAUUGUGUAUCCCAGCUGAAGAAUCAGGCUUUUUGCAAACCAAGAAAUAUUUAUUGAACACUAAAAAUAACAAGAUUACUUAAUUACUUUGUUGACAAGCUUAUGGUUUCAUAUAUGUUCUGACAUGUACUUUACUUCUCAUUAAUUGCCUCAGAACUCCGACUCACUCUCAACAACAACAACCUCCAAACACCACCAAAACCUCUUUCACCUUUCUCAACCUCCAACAUCCACCACCCUGAUUCAACUGUCAUUCUUCCAUUUAUACUCCCAGCCAUUCAAACACUCAGCCAAUCCUCCAGCAUUCUACUGCUCAUGUACUCCCCCUCCUCUUUCACUCCACUUACCAUAUGUCUUCUAUAUAACCAGCACUUACCAUAUUUACAAUAUAGCAGGAACAUCACACAUGGCCUCACAGGUCAAACUUGAAUCCCCUGGCAGGCCAGUUUUGGCCCUUGGGCUGGAGGUUCCCCAUCCCUGACUUGUCAUAUCCACACAAUACAUUUAAAGCUUAUUUAUAGCACUUUUAACAGUUGUGGCUUCCCCUAAAGAACACUGAGAAGUAUAGUUCACCCCUCACAGAGCUACAAUCCCCAGCACCUUUGACAAGGUACAGUUCCCAGGAUUCUUUGGGGGAAGCCAUGUGCUUUAAAUGUGUGGUGUAUGUGUAUGCAGCCAGAGAUUAUACAUUAGGAAGAAUUUCCUGACGGUACCAGCUGUUCGACUGGGGACAGACUGCCCCAGAAGGUGGUGGCCUCUUCUAUGUUAGUUGUUUUUGAGUAGAGGCUGAAGGGCUGUACCUCUGAGGGAUGCUCUAGUAACGGGUUUCCUGAAUUGGCAGGGGUUGGACUAGAUGACCUUUGAGAUACCUUCCAAACCCUGUGAUUCUAGGUACCAAGUGAUGAGGAAGAUCUCCUUUUACCUGAGACCCUGGAAAGCCACUGCCAGUCAGAGUAGAGAAGACAAUGCUGGUGGGUAAGAUGAAGCUGGGACGGCUUUGUGUUUUCAAAGAGUGCUGUGACCCCUUAAGAGCAGGGUUGGCUAGCCCUUGGCCCUCUAUAUAUUGUUGGACUCCAGCUCCCAUCAGCCCCAGCCACUGUGGCCAGUAGUCAAGGAUGAUGGGGGGGCAACACUUGUAGGGCCACAGGUUCCCCACCCCUGAAUCUGGGUAUGUCAACUAAGACUGAUCGGCUGUGGUGAGAGAGAGAAACAUCCAGGUGCUUAGGCAAGAGAGCUUUUUAUUUAUUUUUUAAGAUAGCUACUCUUCCUACCCUUUGUUUUUUGGGUUAUAAAUGGGCCAGAGAUGACCAGCAUAAGUAUUUUGAAUGGAGGCAAGGAAAAAACCUUCAGCCCAUUAGCAUCAAAUAGGAUGUGAUCAUGAUUAACCGGAUUGGGGGUCGUUUCACCAGUUCUUUGCCAUCAUUCAUUUGGCAUUUUCCCAUGGCAGAGGCAUCAUUUUUGUAUGUUCCUCUGCCUUGCUGAGUGAGGAAUUUAAUAAUAAUAAAAUUAUAAUAAAAUUUUAUUUGUUAGUCGCCCAUCUGUCUGACUUAACAGACACUCUGGGCGACUUACACAAUAUAAAACACAAUUUAAAACAUUCAUACAACAGUAAACCACCUGUUAGUAAUAGCCUAACCCACCCCAGAAAUCCCAUAGGCCUGCCUGAAUAACAAGGUCUUUAAGGCUCGACGAAAAGCCAUCAGGGAGGAGGCAUGUCGAAGGUCAAAAGGAAGCAAGUUCCAGAGGGUGGGGGCCACGACCGAGAAGGCCCUCUCUCUGGUCCGCACCAGCCUAGCUGUUUUCACCGGUGGGACCGAGAGAAGGUCUUGUGAGGCCGAUCUUGUUUGGCGGCAUAUUUGGUGAUACUGGAGGCGUUCCUUCAGAUAAACUGGGCCGAAACCGUUUAGGGAUUUAAAGGUUAAUACCAACACCUUGAAUUGGGCCCGGUAUACAACUGGCAAUAAAUCCAUGAUUUCAAUGGGGAAUGGAAAGUUGGUGCAACUAGCACUGCAUAGGGGUGGGUUCCUGUGGACUAGUAACAUGAGCCAGACAACAUCUGGAGGGCCACCAGUUCCCCCAGUCGUGUGUGAGAGAAUUGUCACUCUUCAGGCCUUCAUCACAGAGUUAAUAGAGCAGGGGUAGCCAACCUGGUGCCCUCUGGAUGUUGAUUGACUACAACUCCCAUCAUCCCUGACCACUGGGCCAUACUUGCUGGGGCUGAUGGGAGUUGGGAGUCCACAACAUCUGGAAGGCACCAGGUUGGCUGCCUUUGUGUGUAACAAAAUAACAGCCACUCUAAUCAGUUAUCUCCCCGUCUUCCCCAACAGUCCUGAUUGAGAUGCCUCCUGUUACCUCCUUCUGGGGAAUGGGGUGGUUCUGUUUUGGCUAUAAAAGCACUAAAUCUGAACAGAAGCAGAGGGGAUUUAUAGUAAUGGGGUUUUUUAAAAAUAACUUUUUGGAAAAACAAAUCAGUGCCAUGAUAGUUGUCACAUUCCACAAAUAGAGAAUGUAGCCCUCUUAGCAAAUGGUUCAACAACCAGCAUGUGUCUGCAAC